AUGGCUGUCAAAUCGUUGAUCUUGAAAAAAGUGUCGAUGGAAAACAACUCAAAGAACAUCAAUAGCCCCCCAACUGAUGCACCAAUGGUGGAAACAAGCAAGAAAAGACGGAAGAACAAGAAACAACCCGAGUCGUACAGAACCUACAUCUUCAAGGUCCUGAAGGAGGUCCAUGGGGACAUUGGGAUCUCCAACAAGGCGAUGGAGAUCAUGAACUCGUUCGUAAAUGACAUGCUUGAGAAAAUCGCUCAAGAAGCUUCUAAGCUUGCAAAGUACAACAAAAAGAAUACAAUGUCAUCAAGGGAUAUUGAGACUGCGGUGAAGCUUGUGCUUCAUGGAGAACUGGCUAAGCAUGCUGUCCAUGAAGGCAACAAGGCUGUGAAGCACUUUGACAAGUCUUAA